CUUUGACUCGGCGCAUAGGGUAGAAAAACGUGGAUGCCUAUGGGUGCCUCCUAACUGUCCUAAAGCUCCUUCAGCGUUCAUGUUGGUAUUCGGUGUUCAACUGAGCUAGCUCCAACAAGGCCGCUUUUGUUGCGGCUUUAGGACCAUGGCCUUAGGUUUACAUGUGAAUAGGGCUGUGAAACCGGCAAUUGAGUUCCGCUUGUAACAGUCCAGUUUUUCAGUAGACUGUUGUCUCGGUACAGCUGAUCUCGCCGCUUAGUACAACGUUUGUGACCAACUUACACUAGUGUAAAGGAGGGGUUGUGCAUACUGGUGCUGACCAGUCGGAGAUCACCAUUCGCUCGUCCGGCCUCUGCCUGCUAAGCUCCUCCGUGUUGGCGUUUACGAAGCUGCUUUAGACACCACACCUACUCAUCACAGCCAGAACAGCCUCCUACGGUCACCAUGUACUCCUCCUCGUCCGCCAUCUACCCCAUGCCUGGUGGAGGCUCAGCGGGCUCAGCCACCAGCCGCUUCACGCCUGCCGAUUUCAAGUACAAUGGCCGCGUGGCAUUGGCACUGCUGCCUUGCCUGCUGACCAUGGCCACCAUCGGCGGUGCAAGUGUACUAUCAUGCCUCACCAUCGGUGCCAUGGUGGUCUAUCUAAUGGACGCCUUGCAGUAUCGAGAAGGCGCAUUCUCAUGUGCAUGGCUGACAUUGCUCUGCGCCGACGUGGCAUUCACCUUCUCGCUCCUCUCUAGCUCAGAUGCCCCGGUGCUGCUACAACUCUUCAUGAUCUUCGCGACGCUGUUCCUUUCAGCGCUCACGGGCAUGUGGGCAUCAUUACAAUUCAAAUGGCUACAGAUGCAGUACCCGGCAGCAGCCAUCUACUUUGAACGCUGCGUGCUCACAGCAUCCCUGCCGCUGGCGGCAGUCCUGCACACGCUGGGCCUGGCCACAUUCGUGCCGUACUCGGAUGUGCCGUACUACCUUGCCGUACUACUGGUGGCGCUGUACUACUUGCUGGGCCGGCCGCUCAUGUCAUCCUUUUAUAAUGUCAAGGCAGGCCCAGCAGCGCUAGGCGGCGGUCCCGCUGUGGGUCCCGAAGCCGUCGUACAGACACGUGCCGACGGCGCGCUCAUGGCCGCCCUGGUUGCCGUACUGCCCGCCGCCACCUACGCUGCCGUGCACUCUGUCGUACUCUUCUUCCCGCUGCACCUCUAUGCCAUGCUGCUGCUGCUCGGCGGCAUGCCGCUCGCACUCGCCCUCAUGCCCGGCGGCAUGUGGUGGCUGGCGCCGGCGGUGCCGCCGCCGGUCAACGCAACUGCAUCCGGCGGUCAACGCAGCGCUGCCGCCGCCGCCGCCACGUACGGCAACACGCCGUACAUCUCCACUCCCUCCCGCGGCCUGGCGGGCUUCCUGCGCCGAGUGGUGUUGGCGGGGGCGCUGCUGGUGGCGUUGGUUGGGUUCGAGGGGCGGGUGGUGUUCCACGGGUUCGGGCAGUACAUCCAGCUGCCGUCGCCCUGGAACUGGCUGGCGGUGACGUUUGCGCUGUUUGGGUGCGCGGGUGUGGGGCUGGCGCAUGUGACGGGCGCGCUGGGGGAGCAGGGGGUGGACGUGACGGUGGCGGGCUCCUUCCUGCUGCUGUGCACCACGGCGGGCGCGCUGGCUGCCGGCGUGCCGUUCCUGUGGCUGCCCGCCCCGCUGCUGGCGGCGUGCGGGCUGUCGCUGUUCUACGAGAGCCGCAGCCUGCGGGAGUACCUGGUGUUUGUGGUGGGGGCCUUCGCAACAAGCGUGUGGUUCAUCCGGCAGCACUACUGGUUCCUGGAGCUGCCCGUGUCGGGCAUGCGGCUGCACACGCUGGUGAAGCUGGUGCUGGCGGCGCUGGUGCCGGCGCUCACGGUACCGGGGCUGGUGGUGGCGGGGGCCAGCUCGCACCUGGUGGGCGGGCUGCUGGUGCUGCAGGGUGGGCUGCUGUGCGUGAUGGAGGAGAGGAUGUACGCGGCGGGGCACGAGGAGGGGGCGCCGGAGGUCAUGUACCCGGGCUGGUUGGUGAUGGCUACCUCCCUGCUCGGCCUAGCCGCCGCCCGCCUGCUCACCUCCCGCGCCCGCAUCACCCCGCUCGCCUCCUGGCUCCUGCACUCCCUGUACGGAGCCAAGGCGGCCAUGCUCCUCAUCCCGGAGGCCGCCCUCGUGCUACCCGCCGCACUGCUGCUAGCCGCAACCCUGGCGCCGUACUUCCUCUACGGACCUUCAACCCUGCUCAAUGUGCC